GAAUCGAGUUAUUUAAUAAUAUCAUAAUGUCGUUAUUACUGUGGAGGUCAACGUUAAGGAAAAUAAAACAUAAUAUUAAACGUUGAGUGACCAUUGUGGCAGAAAGACGUGAUGCCAGUUUUAACACGAUGAACAAGUCAAUAAUACUGUUCGUGGUGUGCCUGGCAUACGCCAGCGCGCAAACGGAAAUGGCUGGAGACCUGGACGCCAUCAUUCGGGAUCUUUUCGGGACACCGAGCACUCCAACAGCAGACAACGCGGCGGUUACCAACGCAAACAAUAAGAUACCGACACCUUCUACUAUCGUACCACCCCCUAAAGUGAACCAAGACACAGAGUACACGCCAUGUACCAUGGAAGAUGGUGGACAAGGGGAGUGCGUGAGAUAUUAUCUGUGUAACGCGAAUAAUUCCGUGAUCACAGACGGUGUUGGAAUAAUUGAUAUACGAGUCCAAGAUGGCCCUUGCCCAUCAUACCUUGACGUGUGCUGUGCUGUCCCAGACACGAGGAAUCCAGACAAUCCUAUCACCCCAGCGCCACCUAUCGCUGAUCAGCGUCAAGGUUGCGGUUGGAGGAAUCCAGACGGUGUCGGGUUCCGUAUCACCGGUGACAAAGAUGGCGAAGCCAAGUUCGGGGAGUUCCCUUGGAUGGUCGCUGUUUUGAAUUUGAAUUACGUUGAUCCCAGGAUAGAGCCAGUUAACGAUGAUGAGCCAGAUGGUCAGAAACUCAACGUUUACGUGGGGGGUGGUUCGUUGAUACACCCUAAAGUGGUGCUAACAGCUGCGCAUUAUGUGACCACUACGAAGGCUCUAAAGGUCAGAGCAGGGGAAUGGGACACGCAAACAACGAAAGAGAUCUAUCCGCACCAAGAUCGGGAUGUGGCUAAGACGAUUGUGCAUAAGGACUUUAAUAAGAAUAACCUAUUCUACGAUAUAGCCCUAUUAAUUCUGUCAUCCCCUCUGGAGUUGGCACCCAACGUAGGUGUGGUAUGCUUACCUCCCCCCCGGGAACGUGCUGUGGGGGGGACUCAGUGCUUUGCGUCCGGGUGGGGUAAGGAUAAGUUCGGGAAGGAGGGACGGUACCAGGUUAUAUUGAAGCGGGUGGAAUUACCAGUAGUUGAAAGGCGUCAAUGUCAAACUGCGUUGCGCAAAACGCGUUUGGGGCAUUUCUUCGAACUUCACACGUCGUUUAUGUGCGCGGGGGGAGUUGGGGGGAAAGAUACAUGUAAAGGGGAUGGGGGUUCACCCCUCGUUUGUCCCAUACAGUACGAAAAAGACCGUUACGUACAGAACGGUAUAGUCGCGUGGGGGAUCGGGUGCGGGGAGGACGGUACACCCGGUGUAUACGUGGAUGUUGGUAACCUGCGCAAUUGGAUUGACGACAAGAUUGCCGGCGAGGGCUUGGAUGUUAAGACUUACAGUUAUUAAAUAAAAUAUAUGUAUAGAUAGA